ACUACCUGUAGUCUGUUUCGAACAUGUGAAAAAAAAACAAAAAAUAAAAUGUAACGGAAAAUCAAAAAUUCUAAUAUAGCUUAUCUAUUCCGACAUUAGUCAAAAACCAAUUGACAUAAUUCCAACAUCUGUGAUUACGAGAUAUAUACGCAUCUGUUGUCCGUAUCGCAAAAAAUCACUCAAUAUCUUCUUUUCUGAUUGUCAAUUAUCAAUUAUGAUUGAAGCUGCUGUAUUGGUUUUGGUUUGUAUUGUAUUUACUUCUAUUCUUUUCAUAAUUUGUAAAAUAAGAGGUCAGCAAGUAAAGAAAAAUAACAAUAUAAUGAUAACGAAAAAAAGACAUUUAAACGGCAUCUCCGAUUAUCAAAAGCUAUCAAGCAUUGAUCAAUUCAAUUAUCACAAAAUACUCCACGAAUUUCAUAACGCUUGUUCGAAUUGCUCGAAUGUAUUUUCCUCGAUGAAAUGUAUUCAAUUUGCUUCAAACUAUCCAGAAUUGAUAAAUGUAAAAAUUUUCUCUGAUGGAGUUACUCCAUUUCACCGAGUUUGUUUUCGCGGAAAUGUUCCAGUAAUUGAAUUUAUGUUAGCUAAAGGUGCAGAUAUUGAAAUAAAAACUGCAGUUGGAGAAAAUGCGCUGUGCAUGGCUCUUUACUAUUAUUUGUAUUCGGAAGAAAAAGACAUGAUUUGCUUAAAUAUUCUGUAUAAAAAUGGCUGCCAAUUCGCUUAUGAUGAUGAAUGGUAUGAUAUAUUUUUGAAUCUUGCAAUCAAGAAUAAUAACAAGAGUUUAACCGAGUGGUUGCUUACUCAUUCUAAGUCUCCAAAAAAUAAGAAUAACAAUACUAGAGCUUCUUCUGUACCUAUAUGUAAAUAUUGGAAAAGUUAGCUCUUUUUAAUUUCAUAUAUAGGUUAAGUGAUUAUAUAUUAUUUAUAUAACAGUAUCUGCGUAAUUAU